AUGAUUUCAAGAGAGGUCGAAAAUAAUACAGGUAGCAAUACGACUAUCCUUUCACAACAAUCAACAAGUGCAACAUCAUCAAGUCAGGGUAAUACGAAUUAUUUAUCAAGUAAUACAUCGGCUGCUGGUGACAGUCGACGAAGUGUUCGUCUUUCAGCUAAAUUAACUAAAAGAACAUCAUUAUCAUCAAUUCAAUCAAGUAUCCAUCGAACAAUAUCUGGAGGUGUUACUAAUCCUCAUUCACCAAAAUUAAAUGUUCGUAAACGAGCUUCAGCUAGUACAGAUACUCAAGGUGUAUCGACUACCAGUAAUUCCAUUAGUUAUUCAACUAUUAUAUCUAAUGAUGAUGAUGGUGCUCAUGAUAAUAAUCAUAAAAAUAACGUUUCUCAUCAAGAUCUUCUUCCAUCUGAUCAAUCCGAUGAUGAAGAGAUGCUUAUCGACAAUAAUACAAUCAUUAAAGAAAAAACAACUGGAUUGGCAUCUCGAUCUGAAGUUUUAUCUUACUUUAUAGUUCAAGAUGAUGGGUACAAAUGCAAGUUGUGUAAUAAUGUUUAUCAAUGUCAUAAGAAGAGUGAUGCUAAUUUAAGAAAGCAUUUAGCAAGUUCAUUACAUCAAAUUUCAAAUGUUUUAUAUGCAUCGCAAAUGAAUGAUGAUUCGAAUAUUCAUCCUCCAAUUAUUUCAUCUGAACGAAAACGUGAAUUACACACAGCUGCUGUUAAUUGUAUAUUACGUGAUGGUCUUGCCUUUGGAGUAUUUCGUCAGUCAGGUAUGAAGGAAUUUCUUCAAUUAGCUGUUCCUGGAUACAUUGGUCCACAUCGCAAAACAGUUCGAAGAAAAAUAGCUGAAAUAUAUUCAUCAUACACCACCAAACUCCGUUCUGUUCUUUCAAAAGUUGAUUUUAUUGCACUUACAUGUGACUUGUGGCGAAGCUCAAAACGGAUUCAUUAUAUUAGUCUUACUGGUCAUGUAUUUACGAAAAAAUAUGAAACUGUUCCAAUUGUACUUGGCUGUCGUCGUGUUAUUGGUCGUCAUCUAUCAACAACAAUUGAACGUUAUAUUCAAUUUGAACUACAGCGACUUAAUAUUAGACAAGAACAACUUAUUAGCAUUACCACGGACAAUGGUUCUGAAAUGAAAAAAGCAGCAUCAACAUUGAAGUUUGGCAAUCGUAUUUCUUGCAUGGCCCACAAUCUCAAUUUAGUGGUGAAGCAUGGUGUUUGUCUUUGGCAAGAACCAAAUCCAGAUAAUUUUCCAUUGGAUCUUAAUUCCAAUCCUGACGAUUGGGAAGAUAUUGAUGAUAUUGAUUAUGGUGCGUCUGAUGUUGAUGAAAAUGUAAUUGAAGCAGCUGCAGAUUUUCUUAGUGAUGAAGAUAAAGAUGACAACAAUGAUGAUGCAAAUGAAGGUGGUGGUAGGAGUCGUAAUGUUACUACUGACGAUGAAUUUGAAAGUGAUUCUGAUAGUGAUAUCAGUCUCUCGUCACUUACUAUAAAUGAUAACAAUUUAUCAUCAAUUGAUCAUUAUGAACUGCUCGUAUCAGUAUUCAACUUGAUGAAGAAAACAAGAGCUGGUGUAAAGUUUAUUCGAAAUCAUAAUGAUACUAAUGAAUAUGUAAUUAAACAUAUUGAAUUAAAAAAUAAGGCACAAAAAGAAAAUAUUGGUGGACUUGUGCUUGACAUGGUGAUACGUUGGAACAGUUCUCAUUUACUUCUUUGUCGUUUAUUAUCACAUAAAGAUAUUGUUAAAAAUUUAUUAGUAUAUUUACGGGAUGUUCUUCAACCAUUCCAACAAUCAACAACUGCUCUUUCAGGGCAAUAUUAUCCUACUAUGGCUUCAUCAUUUAUUAUAUGGCGUCUAUUAUCAUAUUUUUUAAAUUCAACGUCAAAUGAUGAACCUGUAGCAUUAGCAUUAAAAGAAAGCCUUCGAUUCCAAUUCAAUAUAUAUUGUGGUAGUAAAUUACCAGCAGGUCAACUUGAAACAAUGCGGAUUGCAGCGUUCUUAGAUCCUACAACUUAUGAAUUACUGGAUGACGACGAUCGAAAAAUAGCUAAAAAGCUUAUUUUCAAAAAGCUUAAAACUUCACCUAAUACCAGCAUUAUUUUACUACAAUCUUCAACACAACCAACAGCAAAUAAGUCAAAUUCUUUAUAUGAACUAGCAGUUUUAUGUGGUCAUUCAUUAUCAGUUCCAUCGUCGACAAUAUCUAAACGAGUUAUGACACUCGAUGAGGAGAUCAGUGGUUACAUCCAAGCAGCACAAUCUGUUACAAGUUUUGAAAACUUUUGGUCAUCUCAUGAAAAAUCUCUACCACGUCUUGCUCGUCUCGUAAGACAAACAAAUAUUUCACCUGCUAGUUCUGUAGCUAGUGAGGCGUUGUUCAGUGUUGCUAGUUUUCUUAAUCGUAAACAACGAUCAGGACUUUCAUCUCGAACUCUUCGGUAUUUACUUGUAUUAAAAAAUCGCCAUUUGCUUGAUACAAUUGAACAAAGUUAUUAA